AUGACUGAUCAUGGAUCUUUAUUGUUGAAACCAAAUCUCGAGGAGUCGAUUGUUGAUGAAUUUAUCACUCCUACAAAACGAAAUGAAGUUAUUGAUAUUGUGGAAUGUGUUAAUGAUCAACUAUUAACACACAAUUGCAACAGCGAUAUUAAGGGAAAAAUAUCACAGGUGAAAAAUUUAAUUACAGAUGAAAAAUCUGCUAAGAAAAAGGUAAUGUGUGGUUCCAAUGCAGAACAGUUAUCUGUUGUUGAUGAAACUUUAUACAAUUUUAGGUUGAUACAGAGAAAUGAGGAUAUUAUGGAAGUUGCAUCUAUCUAUUCGUCCAGUGUAGAGAAUAUGUUGGACACUUCUAAUGAUACUGUAUUGUUGGAACAAAGUCCUAAAGAGUCAAAUUUUGUGUUUGUGACUCCUACUCAAAGAAAUGUUGCAGGAACUCCUAGAAGAAAAUUAUUCCAUGAUAAUAUAACUGGAACUUCAUUGUUUGAAUGUAAUAGUUCAAUUGAUUUACUCAGAAACACUGGUAAAACGAGAGACAAAUUUAUUAGUCCGAUAAAGAGUCCGUUAAAACAUUUAUAUGAUAGACAUUUUAAUAAAAGCCCUGGGGAGCUUUUACCACGAGGUUCUAAGAAUGUGUCUCCUCUAAACAUUAAAGGAGAAUAUUAUGAAUGUAACUUCAAAGAAGGGGACUUUAUAGUUCCAAAAGAUGAAUGGAAUCAUAUAUUUGAAGAUGGAAAACUAAAUAUAAAAAGGUAUACAUAA